AUGGUCCGCUACGACGUCUUCGACGCCCGGGACCUGCUGGCCUUCCCCGGCGGCGACAACAGCACCGACACCGUCUUCGGCGGCGUCCACUUCAACCUCACCACCCUCCAGCACUGGAACUACACCUACUACAGCAAUGGCACCCUGUCCAACAACUCGCGCUGCUACCUGACCUACGAGCCGUACGAGCCAAAGCUGCUCAUCAGCAACGGCACCUUCAUCAACGCCACCAAGUGCUACAGCGCCGUCGACCCCAUCGCUGCCCGCGGCUACACGGGAAUUGGCUUCGCCGUCGCAUAUGCCAUCGGCCUCAUGCUUACGCUGAGCUGCCUGGCCAAGCACGGCAGGCUCUAUCUGCCCAAGGAGAAGCGCUUCUAUCCCAUCGGCCGACGCUGGCAAUGGUACUGGGGCUGCUUCGUCUGCGCCUGCGCCCUCAUCAGCCUCUUCACCAACAUCGACAUUGACCGCUACCAUGUGCCCGAGCUUCCCAUCAUCGUCACCUCUUUCUUCUGGUUCCUCAUCUGCCAGGGGACUCUUGCGCUAGUGUGGGAGUCGGUGAGGCACUGGGGAAGCUGGCAGGAGAGGCAGUUCAUCGACCCGAACCCCUUCGUCUACCGUACCGACGACCGGCGCGCCAUGGUGGAAUUCUACAUGCCCCUGUGGUUCUAUUUCUGGACCUGGAUGAACUUCUUCCUUGUCAUUCCUCGGAGCUGGUCCUUUGUGGAGCAGCAGCGCUCUCCAGAACAAACCAUCGCCAAGGCGAUUCCCGCCGCUACAGGAGCGCGAUUCAAGGCCGGCGCCUUCUGUCUCGUCGUCGCCUGGCUUACCAUCGUCUUCUCGCUCCGCCACUCAAUCUAUCACUACAAGCCGCGGAACCGUGGAGUCUUCAACCGGACCAUCGGCUUUGCCAAGGCGCUCCCGCUGCGUUUCGUACUGACCAUUCCCCUCGCAGGCGCUCUCGUUGCUUACCAGGUGUUGAUCUCCUUUGAUUGGACAUUCUCUGUCAUGCGCUACCAUGGCAUCGUGCCAGUCAUAUUCGCCUGGGGCUACGGCCCGUCCUUGCUCAUCAUCUUCGUGCAAGUCGCCUACGGAUUCGCGAGCCCCAACGAAGACAAGGCGCUCCUCCACCAAAGACGACAGCGCGGCGACACCAUUGACCGGGAGCUUGGCAUCGUCAGGAAGCCGGCGUGGUGGAGGCGCGUCAGGGGUGAACACUUGUACACCAUGCGAGACAAGAUUACCCAGAACGUCAACGAGGUGGGAGGGAAGCGCGGGCUCAGGGCCAGAUUCGAAGCCGAGGCCGAAAACCAGACGGGCGGCAACGGCGACGGCAUUGAGAUGACGAGCGUGUCUCAGAAGAACAACCCGCGGGUGGACAGGGCUGGCGUCGGGAGCCUGGCGUCCACAGAACAGCGGCGCUACACCGGAAAGUCGGAGCGCCGACACAACGAGCGCAUCGUCGAGGACUUUGCCGGCGUGCUCUUCCCCAACAAUGCCGACACCGAGAGGGCGCGGAGGAUCGCCGAGAUAACGGCAGACGGCCCUCCGCCCUAUCAGGACGAGGAUCGUGGCCGCUCGUCCCGGCAGAACGGCUCGAGUAAUGGGCAGAGGAACGGCAGCGCCGAUACGACCAACUCGAUUGCUGCCCCGCCACAGCAAGUUAGGAGCAUGCUGGAUGUUUGA